GGGAGGAAGAGAGCCGGAGGGGGAUGUGGUACUGCCGCGGCCGCCACCGCAGCUGCCGCUGCCUGCUUGUUGCCGCGUCUUCCCGGAGGCGGCUACUGGAAGCCGCCGGGAGCAGCUGCGGUGCUCUGCCAUAUUGUGUCUUCCCCUGCUCGUUUCUCACCCCUCCGCUGCGGCGGCCGAGCUGACGAACUGUAAGAGUAAAUGGGUCCAAUAAUUGGAAUGACUCCAGAAAAGAGAGCUGAAACUCCAGGAGCUGAAAAGGUUGCAGGAUUAAGCCAGAUUUACAAAAUGGGAAGCUUGCCUGAAGCUGUUGAUGCUGCCAGGCCAAAGGCCACUCUAGUGAACAGUGAGUCAGCAGAUGAUGAACUCACAAACUUGAACUGGCUUCACGAAAGUACUAAUCUCCUAACAAACUUCAGCUUUGGAAGUGAGGGUCUUCCAAUUGUUAGUCCAUUGUAUGACAUAGAGGGAGAUGAUGUGCCAUCCUUAGGACCGUCGUGCUAUCAGAACCCAGAAAAAAAAUCAGCAACUUCAAAACCCCCAUACUCCUUUAGUCUUCUCAUUUAUAUGGCUAUUGAACACUCUCCAAAUAAAUGUUUGCCUGUCAAAGAAAUUUAUAGCUGGAUACUGAACCGCUUCCCAUAUUUUGCAACUGCACCAACAGGCUGGAAGAAUUCUGUUCGACAUAAUCUGUCCCUGAAUAAAUGUUUUCAGAAAGUGGAAAGAAGCCAUGGCAAGGUUAAUGGAAAAGGCUCCUUAUGGUGUGUUGAUCCAGAAUAUAAACCCAACCUUAUGCAAGCACUGAAGAAGCAACCUUUUCCCUCAAAAUCAACAUUUUACACCCCUCCUGCAUCACCACAAAGUGGUUCUUUAUCACCUCACUACUUAAGCUCUGUACUCAAGCAGAACCAGGUGCAAACCCUCAAAGAAUCUGAUAUUGACGCUGCCACUGCAAUGAUGCUUUUAAAUACUUCUAUAGAACAAGGAAUUUUGGAAUGUGAGAAGCCUCUUCCUCUUAAAACAGCAGUGCAGAAAAAAAGGAGUUAUAGCAAUGCAUUUAAUCAUUCCAGUGCUAUGCGAUUACACGAGAGUGAUUCUUUAGCCACCAGCAUUGAUCCAAAAGAAGACCACAAUUACAGUGCAAGUAGCAUGACAGCACAGCGUUGUGCAUCCAGGUCUAGUGUGUCUUCCCUGUCUUCUGUGGAUGAGGUAUAUGAAUUUAUCCCAAAGAGUAGCCAUGUAGGAAGUGAUGGCAGUGAAGGAUUUCACAGUGAAGAAGAUACGGACGUUGAUUAUGAAGAUGAUCCUCUUGGAGACAGUGGCUAUGCAUCACAGGCUUGUGCAGAUACCUCUGAAAAAGGGCCAGACAAAAAGAUGCGAAAACAGUCAUGUCAAGAAAUUGAUGAGGAGCUCAAAGAGGCAGCUGGAUCUCUGCUCCACCUUGCUGGUAUUCGUACAUGUCUAGGUUCCCUAAUAAGUACUGCAAAGUCACAAAAUCAAAAGCAGCGGAAAAAAUAGAAAUAUUUAUUAGUGUGAAAUUAUUUUUAAAUGUGGCAAUACUCUUCUACUUAAUUCUUUACAAGGGAUAUCAAAGCCAUAAUGGACUUCUUUUGUUUUAGGGUGGGGGAGGGGUGCUAAUUACCUGUUUAUUUUGAAACAUUUUUGUUUUUUAAAUUUUUAUUAAAUAAUUGCUGUUAAGAUCAUGCCCAAUCAUAAAUAUGUUGUGAAGUCCUAAAAGCAUAAUUUCUGUGUUAAGUGUGAUAAGAUUUGGAAAUAUUAUGUAAAAAAAAUCCCCAGCCUCUGUCUUAAACUUGUAGGGAAAAUCUUUUAUUCUAUUAAUGUGUCCAAAUGUAAGAAUUGGCAACUCUGUAACAUAUUUUUUUCAUUUUCUCUUCCAAUCUGUAAUUAAUUAUAGUUGCUGAUCCAGCUAAAAAUUUUGCUGCUUUCUUUCUCACAUACUCCUCUCUUGACACAAUGCAAUCCAGUAGGAUGAGAUUUCAAUUUUUUAUUUUGUCUUAAUUUUUGUUUUUAAUUAUUUUUUGUUGACACAUGAACAAAGUUGAAUAUAAAUUGGAAAAGAUCCUAGAUGUCUAGAAAGUUCCUUUUGGAUACAUAGGCAGUAUAGCAAAAAUUCUAAGAUUUAGAAAAGGUAAUUUUGUGAUGUAAUUUCAUUUAAGAACACUCUAAUUCCUAUUACAAUAUUAUCUUUGAAAUUUUUUAACUUCCCAGAUAUUGCAUAACAUUUAUUGGAGCCAUUUGUUCUUUCCCAAAGUGCUUUGCAACCAUUGUUUAAAUUUUAGCCACUAACUGUCUUUGUUGAGGAGAAACUAUCCAAUGAGUGGAUAUAGCCAUAGAGUGUAUUAGGAAGUUAACACCCAUUUUGGCACACUUCUGCAAUAAGAGGAUCUUUCAUUUGCUUGUUAAAUAUGCUGCAUUCUGAGAAUCUUGUAGUACGAAUGGAGUGUAAUCUAAUAUAAACAUUUUGAAUACGUAUUACUUAUGUUAUCGUAAAUAAAGGUAGAUCAUUUAGGAAAAAACUUCUGCCCAAACUUUGUAUGUGCACCCAGUUACGUUAAAGGAUUUAACAAAACUAUAGAGACAAAAUGCCUUCGUGGAUUUCAAAAUUCAUAUAAAAUUAAAUCUUAUAUAAUACAUCCUUUUGAGGAGGCAGUGUAAUACCUAUUAUGUGCCAUUAAAUCCAUGCUAAAAGAUUUUGUUACUGUUUGAAAUGUGUAUUGACCAAGACCUUUUUCAGUAUUUGAACAAAUCUGCUUGUAUGAUACAUUUUUUCAUAUCAUUUAUAUAAUGUGACUAUAUCAUUCAAAAGGAACAAGGGAUACUAAUAAAACUAAACUUAUUCACUGUAUAUUUUUUUACAACGGCAGAAGCAACUUUCCAAAAGUUCAGUCUUAUCUCAUGCUACAUCCUGUUUCAUAGACAAUGACCUUGUUUUCAUUUUCUGAUAAUUUCAUAUGUACAUAUACAUACAGGUAUAUACAUACAUACACACAUAUGCUCACGAUUUUGGUUUGUUACUUUCAGCUACUUCUAUGACAACAAAGCAUUUUCUUGGAUUUUUUUU